GUCCAAAAUGAGGAACAGCUGAGUUGAUCUGAGUUUAGAAAUAGUGGUCCAGGCCUGCACUACCUGUACUAACAGGUUAGUUGUAGCCUGGUUUGCUGUUGGGUAUGGUGCUGCUGACAAAAGCUUAACAAUGAGCCCUACAGAUCGCUUGAGGCUGCUUGUGCUUUGUCUUUGGCUGCUGCACGUUGAUGUAAAUUGCGAGAAUACCCAGAAAGGUUAUGUCCUCCGUGCCCAGGACGGACUGGUUCCAACGGGAGUCCGCAAUGACGAAGGAAACUAUAAAAGAUGGCGUGAACCACGCAUCUUCAGGAUCCGUACAGCUGGUUACAAGAAAUCAAAUGUGAACAGAGGGCAGAGUGCUCGAGAAGAUCACACCACCGACUCUGAAUCAUCACACGUUCAAAGCCAUUCUCCCGUUAUUCCAGAGACUCAAAACUUCCCAAAAGGCCAAGUCAACCGUUUAAAAUCUGGCUUCAACUCGGCCUCACCUGCACAAGGACGCAGCAUUGUGGUGAACAACCGCUCUGGAAACAAGAAAAUUCAUCAAGCAAACUCUGAUUCCACACGAGUAUUUCAGGUUCCUCUCUAUCGCAGCAGAACUAAGAUGAUGGGAGGUUUUUCACCUGUUCAGGUAGACAGAGCUACCGAGUCUCUUAAGAUUGACAUAAACCCCUCCAGAGCAAACACAUAUUCCUCACAACCACAGGAGUCACGUCCCGCAACCAGGCCUGAAGUGAGUAGAUAUCGCCCUGCUUAUGUUUUCCCCAGAAGCUUUAAUCAUGACCGGGCAAACGCAAAACUCAUAAACCAAAAGACAGAUUCUGUUGUGAGCAGUCCCGCGAGAAACCUUGACAAACUGAUGUCCCAUCCAACAUGGAGCCCCAGGGUCUACAGCGGUGAUGUGACGCCUGGAGCAAGAGGAUACGCUCAUGUCCGCCAUGUCAAGCCUGGUUUUGAUAAAACACGGCCCCAACUUAGUUCUGCUGCAAGUGGAAAGUUCUUGGAAACUGGUCACGGUGAUCCAGCAUCAAGUGAGAGGCAGAUAAAUGUUAAUCACAACUCCAGAGGAAGCCAGACUAGCAGCGGGCAUCCUUCACCAAACAAAGCACAAAUUCCCAUCCAAGGCAAAUUCAAACCUUUCCAAAGACUUCCCACUAACGAUACUCAUACCCAUUCAUCAGAAGGUGAACCGGCACCAACUCAGACAUCUGCAGGGGCAAACCUUACGGCUAGUUUGAACUCAUCAGUCAUUCCUUCAGUUAGUGAAGAGUCCAGUAAUAAGUCUGCUUCACCCAUGCAGACAGAGGGCCAAGAUGCUGAGCUUUUACUUCAAGCAUCAAACCAAGAGGACCAGUCUGAACAUUUGGCAGAAGUUGGAACUUCCUUGGAGCAAAACAAAACGGUUACAGUUGCUCCUCCGAAGUUGCGGCUGGCAGAAAACGUUUGGAAAGGUGACAAGGUUGUGACAAGUCCUCCAGAAACGGAUCAGUCUGAAGUUUAACUUUACCCGGCAGAUGCUGCUUUGGCAAAUGUCAAAAAUGGUGGCAACACCAGCAAGAAGGCACGUCUUUGUGGUUAAACGGAUGACCCAGAUUUUAAAAAACCUGCUUUGAGCUCUGCCACUUGUCCAUAAAGGUUCUGACUUUGAAUAAAUAAC